AUGUGGUACUUGCCUGUUGAUGAUAGAUUGAAACGCUUAUACCAAUCAAAACGGACUGCAUCAGCAAUGAGAUGGCAUGCGGAACAUUUUACACACGAAGGAGAAAUUACGCACACAUCUGACGCAAAGGCGUGGAAACAUUUUCAAUCGGUAUAUGGUUUUAGUCCAUUUGGUAUGUCAGGGAGACAAUAUUCUUUAUGGCCUGUUAUAUUGACGCCAUACAAUCUUCCUCCAGAUAUGUGUAUGCAAAGCAAAUUUCUGUUCUUGAGUAUUUUGGUACUAGGUCCUAAGCAUCCAAAGCGAGCUCUAGAUAUCUUCUUGCAACCUCUGAUUCAUGAGCUGAAGCAAUUGUGGUAUGAAGGUGUUCAAACAUUCGAUUCCUCAAGAAAACAGAAUUCCAAUAUGCGGGCAGUGCUAAUGUGGACAAUUAGUGACUUUCCCGCAUACGAAAUGUUAUCUGGGUGGACAACACAUAGAAGAUUAUCAUGUCCUUAUUGUAUGGAUGGUACAGAGGCAUUUCAGUUAAAGUAUGGGCGAAAACCUUGUUGGUUUGAUUGUCAUCAUCGAUUUCUUCCCUUGCAUCAUCCGUAUCGGAGGAACAAGAAGUUGUUUAGAAAGAAUAAAGUUGUGCGUGUUCCAUCACCAACUUACGUCUCUGGCAAUGAUUUGUUUGAACAGAUCGAUUACUAUGGUGCUCAAGAAACAUGUAAACGUGGGGGUAACUAUCACACACCAGGAAACAUGCCGGAUGGAUAUGGGAGCACUCACAAUUGGCACAAGCAGAGUAUUUUUUUGGGAGCUUCCAUAUUGGAAAGAUCUUCUCUUGCGGGUAAAACAAAAAAUAGUAUGAAAUCAAGGUUGGAUUUGGCGGAAAUAUGCGCAAGGAUCGAGUUACAUAUUACAAGAGAUGAGAAAUUACCAGUACCCCAAUUUCGAUUGACAGCGGAUGCUAAGAGGGUGUUGUUCGAGUGGGUUAAAUCUGAAGUGAAGUUUCCAGAUGGAUUUGUCUCAAAAUUUUCAAGAACAUUGACCAUUGAUGUGAUAGAGCAGUUACGGAAUAAUAUUCCAGUGUUGAUUUGUAACUUGGAGAAAAUCUUCCCUCCUGCCUUUUUUGACGUGAUGGAACAUCUUCCAGUCCAUCUCCCACAUGAAGCAGAUCUUGGUGGGCCAGUGCAAUUUCGGUGGAUGUAUCCUUUUGAGCGGUUUAUGAAAUCUCUGAAAGGAAAUGCCAAAAAUCUUGCAAGAGUUGAGGGAUCGAUAGUCGCUGGAAGUUUAACAGAGGAAACGUCUCACUUCACAUCAUACUACUUUUGCCCCACCGUGAGAACAAAAAAAACACGUACUCGGCGAUAUGACGACGGAGGCGUUGCACCUACAUAUAACGUUCCUGAUGUUCCAGAUAUCUUUGCUCAGAUAGGAAGACUUGCUGGAAAGUUAAAGGAAGUUUGGUGGGAAGAUCAUAGCUACUCUCGAGCUGCUCACAAUUACAUCUUGCGGAAUCUAGAUUACAUUCAACCUUUUGAAAGACUUUUCGAAAUGCAGAUUCGUGAAGCAUAUCCUAAUUUAGAAGAAGUUGAUUAUGAAGCUUACAAAGAGCGGGAUUUUGCUAAUUGGUUAAAAUACUAUGUUCAAAAUGGAUGUGGAAAUGAACCCUUGCCUCUUUGGUUGCAUGAGGUCGUUCAAGAACCAAGAGCAAAAAUCACUACUGCUCCGAUGUACUUCACUCGCGGUUACACUUUUCAUACGUAUGCACAUGGUAGUCGAAAAGCUACAGCAAAUUACGGAAUCUUUGUACAAGCUGGUGAUAGCGAUUUUUAUGGCGUUUUGGAACAAAUCUUAGAAGUUGAAUAUCCAGGCCUUCUGAAUCUGAGAUGCGUACAUUUCAAGUGUAACUGGUAUGAUCCAUCGCCCCGAGGCAUGCAAGUAAAUAAUUGGGGAGUUGUCGAUGUAAAUGCCAACAGAUCGUAUGCCAAAAUUGAUCCUUUCAUCCUAGCAUCACAGGCAUAA